AGGCAUGAGUGAGAACAUGUGAGCAAAUUUAAAUAGUCAACGUUUAGUAGAGAAGCUCAACUUAUAUUUGUUUCUUUCUGACUGUGUAGCUGGAUGGAGUGAUUUAUAUUCAUAUCACUUUGGAUUGCUGUAAAAGGGCUGUGGGCUUUGUGCACUAUGGAUUUAAGCAUUACUAGACGAACAGGAGUUCUGCUCCUUAUUUUCACAUUUUCAAGUCUUCUGUAUGGCUCCAGAGGAGAAAUCCCACCCAAACCAAGCAGCGGUGUCACAAUUUUCACAGUGAAGCCCAAUGAUGUCCCGCAGGCCUAUCCAGAACCGGAAAAGACUAAUUUACCUGCCUUUACAAUUAAUUACCCAAGAAUACAGAUACCAUUUGAGAUCACUCUCUGGGUGCUGCUGGCUUCAUUCGCAAAGAUUGGUUUCCAUGUGUACCACAAGAUCACCAUCUGGGUGCCAGAGUCCUGUCUUCUGAUCAGCAUUGGCCUGAUCGUGGGUGGCAUCAUGUACUCUGUCCAUGAGGAGCCCCCCGCUGUGCUCACCAGCAAAGUCUUCUUCCUCUACAUGCUGCCCCCAAUUGUCCUCGAAUCAGGCUACUUCAUGCCCACCAGCCUGUUCUUUGAGAACUUUGGCACGGUGUUGUGGUUUGCAGUGGUGGGGACACUGUGGAACAGCAUCGGCAUUGGCAUGUCUCUGUACGCCAUAUGCCAGAUUGAGGUGUUUGGCGUGCAGGACAUCAACCUCCAGGAGAACCUCCUGUUUGCCACCAUCAUCUCAGCCGUGGACCCUGUUGCCGUGCUGAGCGUGUUUGAGGAGGUGUCUGUGAAUGAGCAGCUGUACAUUGUGGUGUUUGGGGAAUGCCUCUUCAAUGACGCUGUCACUGUGGUGUUGUACAACAUGUUCAACUUUGUGGCGGAGAUGCCGGUUGUGGAGCCAGUGGAUGUUCUCCUGGGGGUGACAAGGUUCUUCGUGGUCGGGCUUGGUGGGAUGGGCUUUGGCAUCCUGUUUGGCUUCGUGGCUGCCUUCACCACAAGAUUCACCUCCAAGGUCCGAGAAAUCGAGCCACUCUUCAUUUUCAUGUACAGCUACCUGGCCUAUCUGGUGGCCGAGCUCUUCGCCCUCUCCUCCAUCAUGGCCAUUGUGACCUGUGCCCUCACCAUGAAGUACUACGUGGAGGAAAAUGUUUCCCAGCGUUCCUGCACAACCAUCCGCCAUGUGAUUAAGAUGCUUGGCUCCAUGUCCGAGACCCUCAUCUUCUUCUUUCUUGGGGUUGUCACCAUAACAACAGAACACGAGUGGAACUGGGGCUACAUCCUGUUCACAUUGCUGUUUGCUUUUGUAUGGAGAGGUCUGGGUGUUUUGGUGAUGACUCAGAUCAUUAACCCUUUUCGCACCAUCCCUUUUAACAUGAAAGAUCAAUUUGGUCUGGCCUACGGUGGUCUGCGAGGUGCAAUUUCGUUCGCCUUGGUCUUUACUCUUCCCGAUCACAUCAUCCGCAAGCAGCUCUUUGUCACUGCCACCAUUGCUAUCAUCCUCUUCACUGUCUUUCUUCAGGGGAUCAGCAUUCGACCAUUGAUUGAGUACAUCAAUGUCCGCAGAACCAACCGCAAUCUUGACAACAUCAAUGUAGAGAUUCACUGCAGGCUCAUGGAGCACACUGUAGCUGGCAUAGAGGACCUCUGUGGACAGUGGGGCCACUUCUACUGGAAGGACAAGUUUAUGAAGUUCAACAAUCGAAUCCUGCGGAAGAUCCUGAUCCGGGACAACCGGGCCGAGUCCAGUAUUGUGGCGCUGUAUAAGAAGCUAGAACUACAGAAUGCCAUGGAGAUCCUAGACACAGUGUCUGGAGACAUCAGUGCUGCUCCCUCAAUUGUCUCGCUCUAUGAGGAAAAGAAAAACUCUGCAAAACCUAAGAAGAAGCUUCUGGCUUCUGAUCUGAAGCAAAUGCAUGACAUCUUGUCCAAGAACAUGUACAAGAUCAGACAACGGACGGUGGCAUACACAAAUAAGCAUGCCCUGCCCAACGACAGCCACACCAAAGAGAUAUUAAUAAGGCGCCACACAACCAUCCGCCGCAGCCUCCGACCUGGCAGUUUUCAGUCAUCGGUGGUGCCAAAAUCUCAGAAGUACUUCUCUCUUCCUGCUGGUAAAAGUCUGGACUCAAAAUGUCCUCCUGGGAGGCUGAGCUAUGCAGAUUAUAAGGACAUGGGACCCUCCAGACGCUCUUGGUUUGGCCAGCCCACACGGUCCUCCUCCAGAGCCAUGAUACCUCUACGCAGGUUGGACUCCCUUCAAGAGGCGCCCUCUGUUGACAUGCUGGAUGAAAAUACAGGGGAGGAGAGAGGCAGCACAAGCUGUGGCAUGUCCAGAAUAAACUCUGCUUCCAGUGAUUCCCGCAGACCUGCUCCUCGCCGCCACUUCUAUGUUGACAAUGACAGCGGUUCAGCUGAUAACUUUAUAAAUGGGCAUCAUGAAGAAGCAGCAGUGGAGGAGCAGCAGCAGCAGCCUGUGUCUCCAUCUCCAACCUGGUCUGCUGAACCCAGAGACAACGCAACACGAAACCCUCUGCUCAGGCGGCCUCAGUGGAACCCGAAGAUGUAAAAGUGUCCCUGAGAUUUCAAGAGCAGCUGGACUGCUACAGACUGAGUUUCAGGUUCCCAAGCAGCUCUAGGGUCUCUACAUAUUAUAUAUUCAUAUAACAAAAAGGUCAAGUAAAUGAACACUGGAGGUCCACUGAUUUUUUUUAUAGGAUUCACAUCAAUAUGCCUUUAAAUACUUUAUCUUCCUGUAGGAUUUCGAGAAGUGUUUAAAGAAAAUGUGAAUUAAACUGUUUUAUUUGAGUAAUUAUUUCUUAGUACUUACAACUAAAUAUUACCUUAUUUGUAUUUUAUUGCCUAUUGUGUAUAACAGUUGUACGGUAUGAUUGAUAAUACAAGUUUUGUAUAUAGACCAUAUUAGUUUAACACGAGGAAGAAUUGCUGUGUCUCUACAACUAAAAACACCAUUGACUCACAAACAAAACAUUUAUUUCUUGUGACUUUUUGGCAUGUACUUACAUUUAUACAACUUUCCUUCUAGCUGGUAUGUGGGUUUUUAAAUAAGAGUGGUGCUCAGUAUACAGCUGAAAUUCAACUUAAAAAACCCAAACAAUUUCAUUAAAUCUCUAUUUAAACAUAUCCUAAGAUAAAUUAACAAUCUGUAAAAUUUAAGAGUCAGAAAUUAGAGAAACAUUCACUCAUAUACCACCAUAGGAACCAUUUCUCAUGUGGUGCAUUUGGAGAAACUACUGGCAUUGAGGUAAAAUGUGUUAAACUAAUUAUGGCCAACUUGACUACUCCAAAAGUACAACAGUGUAAUAUACCUUCAGGCAGCCUGAUUUCACCACAGCAACUGUAAGUUCAAACCAUUUUGAAUGUUUAAAUGGUUGAAGCAUCAUUGCCUGGUGUGUGAAAGGAGGAUCACCUGUAUUUUGGUGAAGACGUAGAAGUUAUUUUGACUUGUAGUGUAUCAUCAGCAGGCCCACAGUAAGUCCAGGAACUUAUUGCGGUAAGAGAAUUAAAUAAAGUGUGCAUUGU